GGCCGCCGGCCUUUGACGCAGGGGAGGCGCCGCUCCGCGCGGCAUGAGGGGCCCGCCGCCGCCGGCGGGAGAACUGUGCCGGCGAGAGCGGCUGGCGGCGUGAGAGGGCUCCGCUGAACUUGCCUCCGCUGCCGCGGCUACCGGAGCAGGUACCGGUGACCCCGGCCGGGAAGGUUCUGAGCGUUCGGCAACAUGGCUUCCCCACCCCACCAGCAGCUGCUGCAGCACCACAGCACCGAGGUGAGUUGUGACUCCAGCGGAGACAGCAACAGCGUAAGGGUCAAAAUCAACCCCAAGCAGCUGUCCUCCAACAGCCACCCCAAGCACUGCAAGUACAGCAUCUCCUCCAGCUGUAGCAGCUCUGGGGACUCAGGGGGUGUCCCCCGGAGAGUGGGCGCUGGAGGCCGCCUGCGGAGGCAGAAGAAGCUGCCCCAGCUGUUCGAGAGGGCCUCCAGCCGGUGGUGGGACCCCAAGUUCGACUCGGUGAAGCUGGAGGAGGCUUGCAUGGAGCGCUGCUUCCCGCAGACCCAGCGCCGCUUCCGGUAUGCGCUCUUCUACAUCGGCUUCGCCUGCCUUCUGUGGAGCAUCUAUUUUGGGGUCCACAUGAGGUCCAAACUGAUUGUCAUGGUAGCCCCAGCUCUGUGCUUCCUCGUAGUGUGUGUGGGCUUUUUCCUGUUUACCUUCACCAAGCUGUAUGCCCGGCAUUACGUAUGGACCUCUCUGGUUCUCACCCUCCUGGUGUUCGCCCUGACCCUGGCUGCCCAGUUUCAGGUUUUGACGCCUCUCUCAGGACGUGGUGACAGCUCCAAUCAUACCCUCGCAGCCAAGCCCACAGACACUUGCUUGUCUCAAGUGGGGAGCUUUUCCAUGUGCAUCGAAGUGCUCUUUUUACUCUACACGGUCAUGCACCUACCUUUGUACUUGAGCUUGUUUUUGGGAGUGGUCUAUUCUGUUCUCUUUGAGACCUUUGGCUAUCAUUUCCGAGACAAAGACUGCUUUCCCCCACCUGGAGCAGGGGCGCCACACUGGGAGCUGCUGAGCCGAGCCCUGCUCCACGUCUGCAUUCACGCCAUUGGGAUCCACCUAUUUAUCAUGUCCCAGGUGAGAUCUCGGAGCACCUUUCUCAAGGUGGGACAGUCAAUUAUGCAUGGAAAGGAUCUGGAAGUGGAAAAAGCUCUGAAAGAGAGAAUGAUUCAUUCUGUGAUGCCGAGAAUCAUAGCUGAUGACCUGAUGAAACAGGGGGAUGAGGAGAGCGAGAAUUCUGUCAAAAGGCACUCGACCUCCAGCCCCAAGAACAGGAAGAAAAAGUCUUCCAUACAGAAAGCCCCUAUAGCAUUCCGCCCUUUCAAAAUGCAGCAGAUCGAAGAAGUCAGUAUUUUAUUUGCAGAUAUCGUGGGCUUCACAAAGAUGAGUGCCAAUAAGUCUGCUCACGCCCUGGUGGGUCUCCUCAACGAUCUGUUCGGUCGCUUUGACCGGUUGUGUGAAGAGACCAAGUGUGAGAAAAUCAGUACCCUGGGAGACUGCUACUAUUGUGUGGCGGGGUGUCCAGAGCCCCGGGCCGACCAUGCCUACUGCUGCAUUGAGAUGGGCUUGGGCAUGAUCAGAGCUAUCGAGCAAUUCUGCCAGGAGAAGAAAGAGAUGGUGAACAUGCGUGUCGGGGUUCACACGGGGACUGUCUUGUGCGGCAUUUUGGGCAUGAGGAGGUUCAAAUUCGAUGUGUGGUCCAAUGAUGUGAACUUGGCCAAUCUCAUGGAGCAGCUGGGAGUGGCGGGCAAGGUUCACAUUUCUGAGGCCACAGCAAAAUACCUAGAUGAUCGGUACGAAAUGGAAGAUGGGAAAGUUACUGAACGCCUUGGCCAGAGUGUUGUUGCUGACCAGUUGAAAGGUUUGAAGACAUACCUGAUAGCGGGUCAGAGAGCGAAGGAGUCUCAUUGCAGCUGCUCAGAGGCCUUGCUUUCUGGCUUUGAGGUCAUUGACGGCUCACGGGUGUCCUCAGGUCCUAGGAGACAGGGGACAGCAUCGCCAGGGAGUGUCAGUGAUUUGGCGCAGACUGUCAAAACCUUUGAUAACCUUAAGACCUGUCCUUCAUGUGGAAUCACGUUUGCCCCCAAAUCGGAAGCUGGUGCAGAAGGAGGAGCGGUCCAAAAUGGCGGUCAAGAGGAGCAUAAAAACAGCACCAAGGCUCCUGGAGCACCGAAUUCCAAAACUCAGAAUGGACUUCUGAGCCCUCCCCAAGAGGAGAAGCUCACCAACAGUCAGACCUCCCUGUGUGAGAUCUUACAGGAAAAGGGAAGGUGGGCAGGAGUGAGCUUGGACCAGUCAGCUCUCCUUCCGCUGAGAUUCAAGAACAUCCGGGAGAAAACAGAUGCCCAUUUUGUUGAUGUUAUCAAAGAAGACAGCCUGAUGAAAGAUUAUUUUUUCAAGCCACCCAUCAAUCAGUUCAGCUUGAACUUCCUGGAUCAGGAGCUAGAGCGAUCCUACAGGACCAGCUACCAGGAAGAGGUUAUAAAGAAUUCUCCCGUGAAGACUUUUGCCAGUGCCACCUUCAGCUCCCUCCUGGAUGUGUUUCUUUCGACGACAGUGUUUCUAAUUCUCUCUAUCACCUGCUUCCUGAAGUACGGGGCUGCCACCACGGCUCCCCCGCCUGCCGCCCUGGCAGUCUUCAGCGCCGCCCUGCUGCUGGAGAUGCUGAGCCUUGUGGUCUCCAUCAGGAUGGUGUUUUUCCUGGAGGACGUGAUGGCCUGUACGAAGCGCCUGCUGGAGUGGAUAGCCGGCUGGCUCCCGCGCCAUUUCAUUGGGGCCAUCCUGGUGUCACUCCCUGCUCUUGCAGUCUAUUCACAUGUCACCUCUGAAUUUGAGACAAACAUACACUUCACCAUGUUCAUGGGCUCAGCCGUCCUGAUCACCGUUGUGCACUACUGUAACUUCUGCCAGCUCAGCUCCUGGAUGAGGUCCUCCUUAGCCACAGUCGUCGGGGCUGGGCCCCUGCUCCUGCUCUAUGUCUCCCUGUGCCCUGACAGUUCCAUAGUAAUUUCACACCUUGAUGCAGGACAGAAUUUCAGUUCCGAGGGGAAUCCGUGCAAUAGUUCCUUGCCGCGUGAUGGCGGAACGGCCAGCCUGAUUGGCCAGGAGGUGGUUCUUGUCUUCUUUCUCCUGCUCCUGUUGGUCUGGUUCCUGAAUCGAGAAUUUGAGGUCAGCUACCGCCUGCACUACCAUGGGGACGUGGAGGCGGACCUUCACCGCACCAAGAUCCAGAGCAUGAGGGACCAAGCUGACUGGCUACUGAGAAACAUCAUCCCCUACCACGUGGCCGAGCAGCUGAAGGUCUCGCAGACCUACUCCAAGAACCACGACAGUGGAGGCGUCAUCUUCGCCAGCAUCGUCAACUUCAGUGAGUUCUACGAGGAGAACUACGAGGGGGGCAAGGAGUGCUACCGGGUCCUCAACGAGCUCAUCGGGGACUUCGAUGAGCUCCUGAGCAGGCCGGGCUACAGCAGCAUCGAGAAGAUCAAGACCAUUGGGGCCACGUACAUGGCUGCAUCGGGUCUGAACGGCGCCCAGUGCCAGGACGGCAGCCACCCGCAGGAGCACCUGCAGGUCCUGUUUGAGUUCGCCAAGGAGAUGAUGUGCGUGGUGGACGACUUCAACAGCAACAUGCUGUGGUUCAACUUUAAGCUCAGGGUCGGCUUCAACCAUGGGCCGCUCACAGCGGGGGUCAUCGGCACCACCAAGCUGCUGUAUGACAUCUGGGGCGACACCGUCAACAUCGCCAGCAGGAUGGACAGCACAGGGGUGGAGUGCCGAAUCCAGGUGAGCGAGGAGAGCUAUCGCAUCCUGAGCAAGAUGGGCUAUGACUUCGACUACCGGGGGACAGUGAACGUGAAGGGCAAGGGCCAGAUGAAGACCUACCUGUACCCAAAGUGCAUGGACAGCGGGGCUGUGCCACAGCACCAGUUGUCCAUCUCCCCGGACAUCCGAGUCCAGGUGGACGGCAGCAUCGGGCGGUCUCCCACGGACGAGAUCGCCAACCUGGUGCCUUCUGUACAGAAUGCAGACAAGAUGUCUCUGAGUUCCGAAAACAACGUGCAGGCCAAGGACACUCACCUAUCCUCUAAGAGGCCGUGGAAAGAGCCCUUCAAAGCCGAAGAAAGGUGUCGAUUUGGCAAAGCCAUAGAGAAAAGCGACUGUGAAGAAGCUGGCGUAGAGGAAGCCAGCGAGCUCACCAGGCUCAACGUUUCCAAGAGCGUGUGACGCAGCGCCCGUUGCUGCCGCGGUGCUCUGCUCCUCGAAACACAAUCUUGUGUGUACUAGCCUGUCGUGCAUCCCGAGCACCACAGUCUCCGUCGCCAGACAUGGCACCGCGUGGUCCUUGCCCUGACGUCUGUGUGAGCCACACACAUCCAUCUCUUUGCUUUUUCUCCCCCGGAGCCCUGUCCCCUGGGUGUGACCGUCAGCAGCAUGGAGAACAAGUGCCUUCAGGGGCUGACCGCGGCCUCACAUCUGGGGACAGAGGCCGCCCGUGGAGAUCGCAGCAUUGGGUAUUGCUGGACUUUUUAAACAAAAGCUGUGGUUAAGAUAUCAUUUUUAUUGCUUUUUCUCACAGGACACUUUGGGUUUUUGUUUUGUUUUUGCUAGUACAAUGUUUUUGCGGGUUUUUUUUUCCGUAUACAUACUAGUGUUCUCCAGUGACCUGACCUUUCUAUGUAAACAUGUACACGCACACACACUUUCAUUUAUGAAUCUGAGAUCAAGUGCCAGUAACUCACUGUGAGGGGAGGUGGGGGGGCAUGGGCUGCGAGCAGCCGCCAGCCAGGACAGCCCGCGCCCUCCCAACCUGCGCCUUCCAGAGCACCCGGGCCCUCGGGGGCCAUGGGGGCACCGCUCCCCGGCCGCGGGGCAUUAGGGCUUCCUCCCUGUGCAGGCCAAGCUUGCAGAUGCUGACCAGUAGCAGAGCUUCUGAACCCAGGCCUCAGGUAUUUAAAAGCCGUGUUUCAUCCUGCCCCGGACACUGAGGAGUCUUCUAGCUGGGAGUGAAGGGGUUUGUCUUGGAAGCUGAAUCCUCUGAGAGGGAAACUCAAAAUAAACGUCUGAGGGUUGCAUUUAUUUAUUUAUUUAUUUAUCAGGAAAUGUGUGUUUCGGGGAGGGGCAGCCAGGUCAUUCUGGCGAAGGGACAUAGGCUGGGUUGGGGGGAGGGGGUCUACAGGGUGCACAGCAGAAGGAAGAGAAGAUGUCCAUUAGUGCUUCGGCCGCUCUGGGCCACCUCCUCAUGCAGGAGCUGGGCAAGACUCCAUCACCCGGCUAGCGUGCCCUGGGGCGGAGAUGCCCUCAGCCAUGGUUUUAAAACCUAAUGGGCGCUGCCGCUUCUGUCCCGUGGGCUGCAGAUCUGUGCCGUCCGGGCCUACCCGCUGCAAGGGUCGAGUCAGAGUCCUGCUCCGCGUGAGGCAGGAGGCCUGGGCUGGGCACAGCGGCGGGCAGGCAGUGCCAGCAGCUUGGCCUGCACACGUCCGAGAAGUUUCUCACCCUUUCCCGUUCUUGGCUUGUGCAGGGCCUGUGUGUGGCAGGCUUGAACCUGGUGCGUCCCAGCCCUCUUUAGGUGGAGUCCUCAUGCUGUGUGUAGAGACAGAAUCAUCCGCAUGCUUAUGAGGUGUUGAGCCAGGGCAAGUAGAGAAAACCUAAGGAAAAUCACUUCUGGGUCCUUUAUUGCUGAUCGUGCCUGUGAUGACGUUUUGCGGUGUUGAGUCCAGAGCAUAUGUAGAGUUUUACUCAGGCUCAUGUUGCCCUGUCAUCGGCAUAGUUACUUGCAAGGUGACUGGCGUACGGUUCACAGGAUAGUUGGAGGAUUAGCUCCUUCUCUGUUUAAGGUCUUCACCGGUAUACCGUGUGCGUUUUCUUUUCGCUGCUAUAUCUCUGUAUAACUGUCACAUCUACAUCAAGUCCCAUUAUCAAUCCCCCCCUCAAUUCAUCUAGAAUCUGCCAUUUCUGGCUUCAGGAAAUACUGAUUCUGAUGGGCCAGCUCCCCAGGGGGGACAUGUGUGGGAUGGCCUCCCAUCGAUGCAGCCAUAGCCAGGAUCUUGACGUCCCAGGGAGUCAAGAGCAUUCUCAGUAACUAAGAUCUUCCUUCAGGUUUUACUGUCAGUUUGUUGGUCUUCCAAUGCUAGAGGAAGGGUGGCGUGACAAUACCUCUUGCUUCUAAAGAAUGUAUUCUUACAAGAUACUGCAGAAUUUUUAUUUUUAUUUUUACUUUAAAACACUACCCAACACUGUCCUUGUCCAUAGGGACUGUGGGCAUGUUAGGGGCUCCUCCCAUCAGUGUUAAGGCAUGUAUUUGAGUGUGGUCCUCUCCUUUUGCCUUCUGUCCUCAGGCUCUGUAGCUCUGGCAGCAGCUAAGGGGCUGGGCGGUUGCCAACGCGUCGCCUGUGUCUCUGCUGUUCCGCUCAGAACAUGUCCUACAAGGUUCAUCUCUGCACAUGCUUCCCCCCCAGCACAUUCUCUUUUCCCUUCCCCUCCCACAAAGAUGUUUGUGAUUCCUGACCCUGGGAAGCCGUGGACCACAGGGAGAAGGUCUUAACGUCUGGUGAGCUGGUCCAGCAGCGUGCACACUGGAGCCUUUGAUGGUUGGCUCACCCAGAGUUUCAAAUUGUCUUUAAAAAAAAUCACCCUGAGCCUUCCUAAAUCACCAGUACAGAUGUUCUCUGUGGGCCACUAGGCAACUUGGGUCCUUCCCAGUUCCCUGCCCUGAAGCAUACCUCAGCCCAGAACCACAGAGUCUCUGGAACGGAGACGCCGUGCAUCCACCCCCGCUGGCGUUGAACAGAGAGUCACUGAAGACAGGUCCCUAAGUGGCAGUUCAAGUGCUACCAACACGACGGAUGUGCUCUUCACAGAGGCAAUACCUCUUCCAAACGUAGGUCAGGAAGCAAUACUUCAGAAUUGAAUGUGUGUAAAUAGUCGCUUUGAGUUGCAAUUGCUGUUUUCUUCUUGGCCCCAAGUCAGAUCGAAUUAUACACCAUAUAUAUACACAUAUAUGUAUAUGUAUAUAUAUAAACAAGCACACAUGAUUUUAUCCAGUGCAAACAAAGGUAGAGCAUCAGUUAUGAAGCCCUUAAGUAGCUUGAAGAGUCACACUGAUUAUGCAACACCUGCACGCGACUCCAUUGACACUGCGCUCUUGGAGGCAGCACCUGCACAUUUGCACACGACACCGAGAGCCAGAGGGCCGCGUGCUUCCCACUACGUGGACUAUAAUAAUGUGUAGUUUCCAAAGAUCUGUCUGCGUUUGCAUUUCUAGAUUUUUGAGGUAAACGUUUUUUGGCUGGUUGUUUCAGAAAAUCACAUCAUGCCUAGAACCUGAAAUUAAAUUAACAAGAACCAACUGUUUGCAUUUUCCAUCUUUCCUUCACUCUGCUCUUUUUAAAUUGUUAAUUCUAAUUAUUUCAGAAUGCAUCCACUCAAGAAAUGGAUAUUAAAAUGUUCUAAAACCUAAA